AUAUAUAUAUAUAUACAUACACACACAUAAAAGGUAAAUUUUAUUUGGAAAAAUGGCAAAUCUUCCACCAAAUACCGGGCAACAAUAUUUUUGGAAUUCUGGUGUAACGCAAAUGCAAAAUGCUGGAUAUUAUUCUAUACCACCAUCAACUUUUCCUCCGCCAAAUUUUAGUCAACCACCACCCAAUUUUCCACCAACUAAUUUUAAUCAACCUCCGCCGUCUUAUAAUAUGCCAGUUCCUGCUGCGAUACCAGAGGAUAAGUCAGCUAAUCAAUUUAUGUCAUUUCAUACUGUUCCUCCAACAUAUCAAGAUAAUACUGGUGCCACGUAUACAGAUGAUUCGUAUUCAAAUCAAACAACGAUGCAAUGUAAUAAAACUUAUUAUCAGUCUUCUUCGUUUUCUCAAUCAGAAAGCUUUACUACAGAGAAUUUUAAUUCCAAUUGGAAUUCAAGAAAUGUAUAUCCCGAUAAUUUUAACAAUGAAUGGAAUAGUAAUAGCUCGUCAAGUUGGUCAACAAUGCAAAAUAAUCCUACUACGUCUUGGUCCGAAGUUAAUAGAUUGCAAAAGGAUAAUCAAAUGAUUUUGGAAAGUUCACAAAAGAACAAACCGUCCGAAUGGAGAUACAACAAUAUGGAAUCAUCUCGAAGUCAUACGAGUAGCAGAAAACGUUCUAAAAGUCCUGAAAAUAGAUCUAGAUCUAGUAGAUCACCGCGCAGAUCAAGAUAUGAUGAUCAAAGAGACAAGUAUAAAUAUAAACGAGAUAGAUCGAGUUCAAGAGAUUAUUCGCAUGAUAAUGGAGAUUCAAAACGAAGGUGUUCAUACAAAAGAUAUGGCAGUCAUGUAUCGUCCUCUGAAAGAUCUUAUGCAAGUAGUAGAAGCAGAAGAAGAUCAAGAUCUCCGGAGUAUCGAUCCUCAAAAACAAUUAGUCCAAAUAGUAGUAGUUCGAUGUUAAAAUCAAAAUGUCCAACUGAACGAGAGUUAUUACUAGAAAAAUAUAGGCGGAAUUACUGCGCGACCAGCAAAGAUAUGGAAAGAAAAAUGGAUGAAUUGUCGGCGAUGGGUCCAGAAGGUAUAAUGGAAAACGAACGUAAAAUUUGGACCCGUACUGCACCAGCUGACUUGUAUUAUACGAGAGAUGAAAUUAAUCCGAAGAUAAUGAUAGGUACGCAGAAGUUGCGUGAUUUAUGCGAUCUGUUUAAAGAUAUACUUAUAGAAAGAGCAGCUGUGGCACGAGCACUACAACCUCCAUAUGAGCCACCACCAAGAAAAACUAAAGCUCGUUUGUGCAAGCAUAAAUCAGAAGCUUGUAGCAGUUCAUCAUCGGACAGUGAUAGUUCUAUGGAUGAGGAUGACAGAACAAUGGAAGAAUUAAUGACCAAGAAACAACAUCCUCAAAGAUUACAUCCUGAAAUGUGGUUUAAUGAUCCUGGAGAGAUGAAUGAUGGACCAUUGUGUAGGUGCAGUGCCAAAUCACGAAGAUCUGGUAUAAGACACGGAAUUUAUGCGGGCGAAGGUGCAAUAAAUAAAUGCAAUAUUAAUUCAAAUAAUGCUGAUAAAUUGUAUCACUAUAGAAUAACAAUCAGUCCUCCGACUAAUUUUCUUACCAAAACGCCAACAAUUAUCAAGCACGACGAGCAUGAAUUUAUAUUUGAAGGAUUUUCUAUGUUAUCACACUUUCCUCUUGUUAAAUUGCCAACGUGCAAAGUAAUAAGAUUUAACAUAGAAUACACAAUUCUUUAUAUAGAUGAAAAGCUGCCCGAAAACUUUACUAUACAAGAGUUAGAUUAUUUUCAAACAUAUUUAUUCAGAGAAAUAUUAGAACUUGUAGAUUUCGAUUUACAAGCUGCCCAAGAUAAAUCUGGUUGUGGACAAUUUCACUUUAUGCCAAGAUUUGUACGUGACUUAGCAGAUAACGGACAAGAAAUUUUAUCAAUGAAUGAGGUUUUAAACUAUUUAAUAAAAAGUAGUACUCUUUUAAUAGAACCAGAAGAUCUACCUAGAUUAAUUGAAAUGCCACAAUAUAAGUGGCAAAAUUUUGCUGAUGAAGUUAAAGGGAUGGUUGUAACGUAUCCUGGAAAGAAACCUUGUAGCGUUCGCGUUGAUCAACUGGAUAGAAAUCAAGUUGAUCAACCACCAGGAGUUAUUGCUUAUCCUGAAAUUGUACAUUUUGGUAUAAGACCGCCGCAGCUUAGUUAUGCUGGAAAUGCAGAUUAUCAAAAAGCAUGGAGAGAUUACGUCAAAUUUCGUCAUUUGUUAGUUAAUAUGCCUAAACCAUCUUUCGAGGAUAAGAGAAAACUCGAAGCAAAAGAAAAUAAAUUGCAAGAAUUGAGAACGCAGAGUAAAAUGAAACGUAAUGUUACAGUCGAUGUAAGCUCAGAAGGAUUUUAUAGAACAGGCAUUAUGUGUGAUAUAGUACAACACGCAAUGUUAAUACCCGUACUUGUAUGUCACUUAAGAUUUCAUAAAUCUUUGGAUAAUCUAGAACGUACAUUGGGUUAUGAAUUUAACAACAGAUACCUUCUUCAACUUGCAUUAACGCAUCCCAGUUAUCGAGAAAACUUUGGCACAAAUCCAGAUCACGCUAGAAAUUCAUUAACUAAUUGUGGAAUAAGACAGCCAGAAUAUGGUGAUCGUCGAAUACAUUACAUGAAUACACGUAAACGGGGUAUAAAUACGUUAAUUAACAUAAUGUCAAGAUUUGGAGCUAGGCGAGAAACAGAAUCUUCCAUAGCUCAUAACGAAAGAUUAGAAUUUCUUGGAGAUGCAGUCGUCGAAUUUCUCACAUCCAUUCAUCUUUUUCACAUGUUUCCUGAUUUAGAGGAAGGUGGAUUAGCUACGUACAGAGCAGCAAUUGUACAGAAUCAGCACCUUGCUGUUUUGGCAAAAAAACUUAAUUUAGAGGAAUAUAUGCUUUACGCGCAUGGAAGCGAUUUAUGCCAUGAUUUAGAAUUAAGACAUGCAAUGGCGAACUGUUUUGAAGCACUUAUGGGUUCAUUAUUCCUUGAUGGAGGAAUAGAAGUAGCGGAUAGAAUUUUUGGUGAAACUCUCUUUAAAGAUGAGGAAGAUCUUGCCAAAAUUUGGGUUAAUUAUCCUAAACAUCCUUUACAGGAGCAAGAACCGACAGGUGAUAGACAAUGGAUUCCAAGCUUUGAAUUACUACAGAAACUAACAAAGUUUGAAGAAUCCAUUGGUAUAGAAUUCAGUCAUAUUCGCCUUUUAGCAAGAGCAUUUACUGAUCGUAGUAUCGGAUAUACUAAUUUAACGCUUGGUUCAAAUCAACGUUUAGAAUUUUUAGGAGAUACAGUCCUUCAACUUAUAGUUUCAGAAUACUUGUAUAAAUUUUUUCCCGAACAUCAUGAAGGACAUUUAUCUUUACUAAGAAGUUCACUUGUAAAUAACAAAACGCAAGCAGUUGUGUGUGAUGAUUUAGGAAUGACUAAAUAUGCUCUUUACGGAAAUCCAAAAGCAGAGUUGAAAACUAAAGAUCGAGCAGAUUUAUUAGAAGCUUUCUUAGGGGCCUUGUACGUUGACAAAGGUUUAGAAUAUUGUCAUGUUUUCUGUGAUGUCUGCUUCUUCCCACGACUACAAGAUUUUAUUAUGAAUCAAGAUUGGAAUGAUCCUAAGAGCAAAUUACAACAAUGUUGUUUAACUUUGAGAACGAUGGACGGUGGCGAGCCAGAUAUACCAGUAUACAAAGUAAUUGAAUGCAAGGGACCAACAAAUACAAGAGUUUAUACAGUUGCUGUAUAUUUCCAAGGAAAAAGAUUAGCCAAGGCAUCAGGACAUAGUAUUCAAGAAGCAGAAAUGAAUUCUGCCAAAGAAGCUCUUGAGAAAAGUCAAGAUCUGUUUCCACAGUUAGAUCAUCAAAAGAGAGUCAUAGCAAAAAGUAUGAAGAUGCAACAAUGGCCAAAUAAACACAAAAUGAAAGAUAAAUUUACAAGAUUUAGUGAUAGAUCAGACGAUUCAGAUUCCAGCCAACAUCGCAGAAAAAGUAAAACAUAAGAUCUGUGAUAUGUUCAUUCGCUUUGAUCGAAAAAGAAAAUUUUAUCGUGUUAUGAUCAUGUUUUUAUAAAACAUUAAAAAAGAAUCUACAAAAUUCUUAUCAUUUCAUGAAAUAUUUGAAUCGAGCUAACAAUUAUUGAAAAUAAUUACAAAUAUUCUACGUUUAUGGGGAUCUUCGAAUAAGAAAAGUAAAUAAAAGGUAUGCAAAUUUUGAUUUUCUUAUAGAAGAAUUGUAUGCAUAUUAAGUAUUAAAAAAUAUAAUCGAUGAUGUUUAUUAUAUAUAAAAUAUAUUGUUGUUAUUACUCUAUCUUUUACGAGUUUUGAGGAACU